AGAGGUUCGUUCGUCUCGCGGUAGGGAAAAGAAAGGCGAAAUUUAAGAGAGAUUUGAAGAGUAUGUGAUUUUUAAAAAAAUACAUAAAUACAUAGAAAAGGUAAAAAAAAAAGAGCAAAACGAAAAUAAAAAGUGAAGAGUGGCUAUACGAAAGAAGAAAAAAAAAAUAAGAAAGAAGUGCGCAAGGGUGAGGUCGCCCAGCCUCUGUGAAUGAGUAAAGUUAUCCGAACUGAUCAUAUAUGCAUGCGUGGUGCCAUCUUCCGUGUUACACCGGGCCAGUGCCCCCUCGGAGUGCCGUUGUGACCUACGUCGUGCCUGACCCGGUGUCCGGAUCCUUCUGCAUCCGAACCCGAGAGCUCAAGACGUCCUACAUCUCCGUCGAGGACACGUCGCCGCACAAUAUGAGGAUCCGCAGACUCCUUCGAAGCAUUUAUGCCUUCUGCAAGGCACCUGCAGCUAUGCCGGAGGAGAAGGCGGGGAAGGGGGAGAAUGGGGUCGGUGUGGAGACGAAGACCUCAGGAUCCCCUAGCAAGUCCCCCUCCAAGGCUCCGAGGGGGAAGAUGGUCCUCUCACGGGUCAAGCUCCUUGAAGGGACCGAGUGUGAGGUGGCGGUGGAGAAAAAAGCCAAGGGCCAGGACCUCAUCAACAGUGUAGCUGACCGCAUCAACCUCCUGGAGAAGGACUACUUUGGCCUCAGUUAUAUGGACCACAACAACUAUAAGACUUGGCUCAACCCGGAGAAGAGAAUCUCAAAGCAGGUCAAGGGGCCAUGGGAGUUCAACUUUGAAGUCAAGUUCUAUCCCCCUGAUCCAGCUCAGCUGGCCGAAGACAUCACCAGAUACCAACUCUGUCUUCAGGUACGGCAGGACAUCUUGACAGGCAAACUUCCAUGUUCUUUCGUUACACAUGCACUGCUAGGCUCAUACAUGGUACAAGCAGAAGUGGGAGACUAUGAUCCCAAAGAACAUGCUGGCACAAGCUACUUGUCUGAGUUCACAUUUGCACCGACCCAGAAUGCCGAGCUGGAGGAGAAGGUUGUGGACCUACACAAGACACAUAAAGGGCAGACGCCUGCAGAAGCAGAACUACACUAUCUAGAAAAUGCAAAGAAAUUAGCAAUGUACGGUGUUGAUAUGCAUUCAGCUAAGGAUUCAGAAGGUGUAGAUAUCAUGUUGGGUGUUUGUGCAUCAGGCCUCCUUGUUUAUAGAGACAAAUUACGCAUCAAUCGAUUUGCAUGGCCCAAAAUCCUCAAAAUAUCAUACAAGCGAAGUAACUUCUACAUCAAGAUUAGACCUGGCGAGUUUGAAACCUUUGAGUCGACAAUCGGGUUUAAAUUGCCCAAUCACAAGGCAGCUAAGAGACUUUGGAAGGUGUGCGUGGAGCACCACACCUUUUUCAGAUUAAUGACUCCAGAACCACCACAGAAGCAAGGGCUUUGGCCACGGUUAGGGUCAAAGUUCCGAUAUUCUGGGCGGACACAGUACCAGUCCCGCAUGGCAGCUAAUCUUAGUGAUCGAAACAAUCCAGAAUUUGAGCGAACGCUAAGCCGUAGAAAACUGUCUUCAAGAAGUAUGGAUGCCCAAAAGAAUGCUAGCAACCUGUCGCAGGGGCCUCUCCCCCCACACACAGCCCUGGGAACCCGCACUGGGGAGACACCCGAGAUGUCCAAGAGGCACACCAUGUCCCACCCUCCCCCACACAUCCCUGGCUUGGAGGAAGCCCCAGGCAAGGAUGGGGCCAAUAAGGCUGGCAGCGGAAGGGACACCCCUUCAGCAGAGGAACGCACCCCAGAGAAGAAAGAUAAGCAGAGGAGGGCUAGCAGGAGUAGCGGUGCAUCCUCCUUAAGCUCAGUCAGUUCGGAGGAGGGAAGCUUUGUACCGCCUGCAGGGGACAAAUCCAAGAAACCUGUGGGAGGUGUGGCAGUGCUGCCAAUGGCGGACUUGAUGAAGGCCACCAAGAAGCGUGCUGAGAAGCUGGCGCAGGCUGAGGAGGAGGCAGCGAAGAAAAGCGGUGCUCCCCCCUCGACCACCCCCCCACCUGGCUACAAGACCAUGGAAGGCCGGAAAUCGGAUCGCGAAAGGGGAGAGGAUGGAGAAGGAGGACAGACACCAGGGGACUCUAGUUUGGCAGACCCCCUUGUCAAGACACACCGCACAGUCUUCCAGAACCCGAGUGCAACUGAGGCUGCUGGCUCUCCUGGCUCACCACCCUUUACCCGGCAGUACUCUUAUGAGGAGCUAGAGACAGAACCUAGGAGGCCCUACAGCCCUACCGGCCAUGGCUUCAAGUAUGAUGGCAGUUCAGCAGAGGGCCAGGGUGAUGCUAACGACCUCAUGGUGGUGGAGAAGCGACGAGGGCAGGCCCAGGCCUUCAACUAUGCUCCAGGAGAGGACUCUAAAGUGGUUGAAACAGCUGAGAAACGCAAAACAAGCCAGUUGGAUCAGAGUCCAGGUUCUGGUGCCAUGGAAGAGGAUAGGGGUUUAUCAUCCCCAGACACAACAUUGCCAGAGACUUCAGUUGAUGAGAGCAUGUUGAACACUUCAGCUGAUUCCACUGGCAUCAUGGCUGGGUUCCUUGCUGGCAAGAAGGGCAAGAAGGAGAAGGACAAGAACAAGAAAGACAAAAAGGGAAAAGAUAAGCAGGAUAAAGAUAAAGGUAAAGACAAAGAUAAAUCUAAAGACAAAGGCAAAGACAAGGAUAAGGACAAGGACAAGGACAAGGACAAGGACAAGGACAAGGACAAGAAGGCAGCAGCCAAACAGGAGAAGGACAAGAAAGAGAAGGGGAAGAAGAAGGGACGAUUUGGAAUCUUUGGAGGUAGGGACCGCAAGGCUUCAACCAGCAGCAGCAGCAGUAGCAGUGACAGCUCAAGUGAUAGUUCUGAUGACAGCUCAGAUGAGAGUGUGGUGGUGGAGAAUCGUGAGGGCACAGAGCCUAAGGACAUUGAUUCAUCCAUGGUGGCCUCAGACCGAUCGUACGCAGCAGACCACUCGAACACAUCCCUCAUCGUGAACCCUGCAGCAACGAGCGAGCCCUCCUUCACGGCUGACCACUCGGCCUCGGAGCUGAUGGUGGAUCCCUCUGCACAGGCCACCCUGGAGGGCGCAGGAGGAGAGCUGAACUCAGCCUCCUCCACUGCACCCAAAAUUGUCAAGACCACUACAAAGAAGACCUUUGUGCAGGAUGCAGAGGGGGUCUCAGAGGAUAUUGUCCAGAGAGUGGAAGACCUGGGGACAGGAGAGGUUGAGUUGAACACCCAGAGCCAAAAGGCUGAGCAUGCUGAGGGUGAGGGAGAGAAGCCUCAUGUUGUAGCUACAACUGUUACCACCAUCACGGCCCAGAGCAUGGAGGACAAGAGCACCAAGGAACGGACGCAGCAGGUCCAGGAGAAGACCUUCGCAUCAACCACCAUGACAACUGGCACGACACAGGAGCAGACAGUGGUGACGCAGGAGGUGAAGAAGCAGUCACGCUCCAUUGUCCCUCAGGAUGCAGUGGCCAUUGACAAGCAGGGUCAGGGCGGCCAAGCUGCUACCCCCUACUACCCCCCGGGAGACUUUAGCGGCAAUGCACGCGCCCGAACCCUCUCCAGCGGAAGUGACGAUUCAGGCACCUCAGUCGAUCCCUUGGACUCUGAUUAUGAUUUUGUCAACAAGGAUGGCAUUGUACCGACUGAGGCCCAGAUGUUUGACGCAAGUGGCGUCGACACCUCCACCAUGAGCGUGGAAACCCCCCCUGUGGUAGAGACGGAGUUGCGCAAGGUGUCUGUGCUGGGAGGAGAGCUUAUUGACGAGGAGAAUGCCGAGGUGAUCAGCUCUCAGGCCAUCACUUCCCGAACCCGCACUGUAGAGACCAUCACUUACAAAACUGAGAAGGACGGGGUAGUGGAGACCAGAGUGGAGCAGAAGAUCACAAUCCAGAGUGACGGUGACCCAAUUGACCAUGACCGUGCUCUGGCUGAGGCCAUCCAGGAGGCCACCAGGAUGAACCCAGACAUGACGGUUGAGAAAAUCGAGAUCCAGCAGCAGUCUACGGAGUAAGAGUUGAAUUCUCCAGUUGAGACAUCAGAGACCCAGUGUUAACUCCUUUAUAAAUGGCAGCUUUACCGAGAUAACCACCACAUCGGCUUUUGAAACAUUUUCCCCCAUUAAGAUUUGAGUCCCGCAUGCUAGGCCACUGCUCGGCAAUCCGGGUCGUUUUGCUUCUUCGGCAGCAACACGGGCCUAUAAAAAAUUAUGAAAAAUAUAAGCGAUAGGCAGCCCCCUUUCUUAGAGACUAUAGUUUUUCUGACAUUAACAUUUAGUUUUGACAAAAAUGUGCUUGCAAACUUACCAAUGUGUAAGCUGUGUUUAGCAGGGAAGUGAGUAGUAGAUCGAUACAUUGUGGCAUAUCCCAAUGCUUCUAACCCAGUAAUUUUGUCAGGUAUUUUUACCUGGUAUAAAAGCAAGAAAGAUAAAAAAAAAAAAAAAAAAAAAAAAAAUAUAGAACACUUGCAUUUUUUAACUUUUAAUAAGAGAAAAGAUUUAAAAAAUGCUGUCUUCAGAUGAUCUUUUAAACUUAGAUUUUUAUAUCUCCCUUGCUCCCCCCAGUUUUCUUUGGUCUAGAGAUUAUGAUUCAUGGAUGGUAAGCAAGCAAGCAAGCAAGCAAACAGCAAUAGCAGCAGCCCCUGGAUACAGCGAGAAAAAAGGUGUUUGCAGAGUAGAGUAUAGCAAACCUUGAUAUUCUGGUUGAAGUAAAAAGAAAAUGCACCUUCCCUUGCAGUUCAUCAGAUGUGUAGAGACAAAAGAAUAAUAAUGAUAAUGAAAGAAAAUUUUAACUAAAACCAAAAGCUUCAAAUCUGCUUUUCAGUUUCUCUUGGCUGGCUUGCAUACUGUUGUGGUGCAAAGCUGAGGAACUGUUUAUGAUUUUGUGUGGUGUCUCUACAAGAGGUCUAUGGUGAAUGACACUCAGAAUAGGGGUGGUAGUCUUUCGGAAGUGCCUCGCCUGUUAUUAUUACCUUUUAUUUUUGGGUUAGAGCUAAAUGAUAUGUACUGAAAAAUUCAUUAUAUAUAUAUAUAUAUAUAUAUAUAUAUAUAUAUAUAAUAUAUAUAUAUAUAUAUUAUAUAUAUAUAUACACUUUUCUUUUUUUUCUUUUUUUCUCUUAUUUGUAUGUAAAAUGCUUGUGUGCAUAGAAAAUGUCACACAGUGGAUUAUUCUAUUUCUCAAGACACGAAAAGGAAUUUAAGGAAAUAUAAGUGAAAAUAUAUAUAUAUAUAUAUAUAUAUAUAUAUAUAUAUAUAUAUAUAUAUAUAUAUAUUUAUAAUGUAUGUAAUUCAGUUUAGGAAUGUAAUGCAAGAUUUUUAUUUUUCACUAAAAGUUCUAUAUAGUUUAGGUUGGUCUCUCUAAGAGCAAUGUGAUUAUCAUGUCAAGAGCAGCUUCAUUGGUAGGGAAAGUCAAGCUUGAGAGAAAGUGUUAAUGUCGGUGAAAAUUCCAGCUCCAGCAAAAGUAAUCAGAGUUAGGUGAGGCUUCCCACACCAAAGUACAACAUAUCUAUUAAAAGGACCAGUACAGUGUAUUGAUGAUGGUGGGAACAUGCCACUUUGAAGUCGGAUUUUAAGUAAUUCUAAUGAUUUUUCUUUAUAUCUCUGGUGACGAUGAACAGUAUCAAGAACAAAGCUGUUCAGACAUCAGAAUAAAGCUUAGUGAGAGACCACUCUUUUAUCAGUUUUUUUUUUUCUUUUUUUUUCACCAUAUUUUUUAUGAAAUUACUUUGUCACUAUAUGUUUCUUCAAGGAAGAAAUGCAGAGGUAGAGAAAAAAUAUUAAUGAUAAUUAUAAUGAUAAGUUAUUAAAUUAACUGUAAUUUGGGAGUGGAUUAAUCAUUACUUGACAUCAACUCAUUGCUUAAAAUGUAAACAUCUCCCCCUUUAAAUAAAACAAACAAAAAAAUAAAAAAAUAAAAAGAGAAAUUAUUAUAGAAUAAGUCCCCUAAUAUUUUGUGAAUAAACCAUCGCGUUGUGAUCGCUAGGCAUACGCUUGUCUAAGGAAAAGAUGAAAUAAAAAGCAAAUCGUCACUCUCAGGGCUUUGUCCGAGAAAGCGCCAGCCCUCGGAGAGGCGGGUGAGAGGUGGGUGCCUUUGUUCAGUUUUUCGAUGAAGGGGGGAGGGAAAUGGGAGGGGAGGGUCUGAGGGAGGAGGAGAAGGGCCGUCGCCGUUGUUCAUCAAGUGCCUGCCACCAUUCCACACGGCUGACAGAGUCCCUGCUUCUUGAUCAACAAAAAAUGUUGGCAGAGAAAGGGAUGAUCCCAUCAAGAGGUUGGCUUGAGUUUUCACUUCAUUUGUACCUCUUCUCAUUCCCCAUCCCCCCCACCCUUGGAUUGCAUUAGCUUACUAUUAUUGUUAUGUAUAUUUUUUCUUUUCUUUUUUUUAUUAUUCCAUUCUAUAUUUUAAUAUUUUGUUCUUAUACUAAUAUGUUCAAGAGAAGUUGGUUGGUUGAACAGCUUUAUUCCUAAUGGUCAAGAUGUAUAUUAUGCAAUGAAAACAUAGUGUUAGUGCUUGAGGAUUGCGAUGUGCCCAUUUUUCCACCGGAAUUCCACGUGGGGACGUAUUUUACAUUGAGCCUAUAUUAGGCUUCCUGUUGUGCUAUGUUGAAUUCCGGCUGACUAAUACCGGGACCCAGAGGCUCAAAUUGGUAUCUUCCUCUGAAUCCCUUGGAGCUUUCCAAUUUAAUUGCAUUUCUUUGACAAUGCUGGUGGAAGUUGGUCGUCAUUGCGAUCUUUCGAGCCAAACAUAGUGUUACGUGGGUCGUGUGUGGAGCUGCUUUUCCUCUCCCACUUGUUCUGUGGUGGACUCGGUGUACAGUGUAUGAGUCGUAGUUGUGAUACUCCUUCAACCUGUAAUGUCUCCUUCUUGAGUAUGUAGUUAUUACAGAAUAAAUCUAAGAGAGACACCCCCUCCCCCAAGGAAAAAUGUACAGAAUGCCUUUUUUCUCUCUUUUUUUCCUUCUACUUUCUUCUUCUAUUCUAAUAAUGCUCAUCUCCGAUGCAUCACCGUGAAGAUAACAUAUCCCCCCAACCCAGAGUGAAAGAUGGAGGCAGACAAACACCGUUUCACGAUCCACGAAAUACAGAAAUUAGACUUGAACUCCUUAUCAGAGUUGGGCCAGUGUCAUCACACACAGCAGCUAUAGCAGCUAGUUCAUUAAGCAUAUGUCUAUAACUAUAAAUUGGUGUAGACAGACUGAACAACUGACUUAAUUCGCAGCAACUUCAAAGAAAAAGAAAAAAUCCCUUAAGUGCAUCUUACCACUCAGCACUGAUAAGGAAUCUCAAGCAUUGUGUAGAAUCAAAGGUUAUUUUCCACUUAUAUGUAGUUUAGAUCUGAAAAUAAGGCAGCAGAGUGAAGCCAUACGCUCGUAAGCUUCCGACUCAUCUAUUACGCGCAGCGAAUGUAGAUUCUAAUUAGCUUUAGCAAAUGCCAGAUGCAGAGUUGCGUAUCUUCUUCUGUUUUUAAAAGUUAUUAUUUUUUUUGUUAACCUUUUCUAAUUUUAUUCAUUCCGAUUGUGCACUUAGAGUGUGCGGUUAUAUUGAAUCUCUUGAAUAUAUGCACCUUUCUUUUUUUUCUCAUUUCACUUUGCUGUACUUAUUUUCACAUAAGUAUCAUCACUGCUCUGUGAAACGACCAUGUAAACAAAACACAUUAAUAUGUGAAUGCAGCUUUCAAAAUAUGUAUUGUUGUAACCAUUAUUUUUUCUUCUUUUUAUUUUCAAGAAAAUAAAUGUUAGGUAAGUUUCA